AUGGCCUCCCAACAAUCCACCAAGGUUAGCUAUGCCGAUAUUGCGAGUCGGCCAGCUGCUACCAUGCAACCAAGGGUAGCAAGGCCGAAGUUCUCCAACAUCGUAAUAGUGAAGCCAAGCGGGGGCAAAUCUUUCGGCAGCACGAAGUCGAAGGUCAUCGGCGACUUCAUCCGGAAAGAGUGGAAGUUGGUUGCAGUAGCAAUUAGUUCCAGAUCCAAGGCUGGUGAAAUCAAUCCAAAGGACGUCAUGGAUGCAGUAUCAAAAGUAUGUGCCGACAAUGUCACGAAUCUACAACCACCAAAUAAGGAUACCAAACCAAAGAGGAAGAGAUCCAGCACGGAUGUUCCGAAGACUGACGUAGUGGGUCAAUCAGUGGAAACGCCAAGAAAAGUUCAUACAGCUGGACAUCAAUGGUUUGAACGUACCUGA